UACGGGGAUUCCAUAAAACUUUUAUAACCACGUAACGUAAAAAUUAAAACAAUCAACUCUGAAAAAAAGGAGGUGAUAUUGAUGAGGGUCCGUUUUUCUGCUGCUUCUUCCUUGCUCGCCACCGCCAUGUCUUCACGCCCUCCGUACAGAGGUAGCCGCCGAUUCUCCGACGCCGGAAUCAAUCAAUUCGUCUCCGGCGACGCUCAUUUUCAGUCCGUCAGAGACGCUAAUCAACGCCGAGGGAGAACUGAUCAUCAUUCUCACCCGCAAUUGAAUUCUAGGGUUUCGCACUCGGAUUAUCGACCUCCGCAGUCGAAUUCUAAUGCUGCUCCGCUGCGUUAUCAUCCGAAUCAGGCGUUUAGGCCACCGGCUUUUUAUAAUAAUCAACAACAGCAGUUGAGGAAUCCGCAGGACCAGCACUUUCAGCACAACCAGCAGUCGAGGAAUCCGCAGUAUUUCCAGCAGAAUCAGCAGCCGAGGCCGAGGAAUCAGAAGCCGUUGGAUUAUCGCGAUUGGGAGUAUGCGCCAAACCGUCCGUCUCCUGAUUGUGACCGGUUCACAAUACUCUCAUACAAUAUACUAGCAGAUUACCUGGCUAUUGAUCAUCGGGGCAAACUGUACUUUCAUGUACCUCGUUAUAUGAUGGACUGGGAAUGGCGAAAGAAGAAUAUCCUUUUUGAGCUUGGCUUAUGGGCAGCUGACAUAUUAUGCUUUCAGGAGGUUGAUAGAUUCCACGAAUUAGAGGAAGAGUUGAAGGUUAGGGGAUAUUGCGGUACUUGGAAGAUGCGAACCGGAACUCCAGUUGAUGGUUGUGCAAUAUUUUGGCGUUCCUCAAGAUUCCAGCUCUUGCACGAGGAAUCCAUUGAAUUCAAUAAGCUUGGACUACGAGAUAAUGUUGCCCAGAUUUGUGUUUUAGAGCGGAUAAGUCAGAAUGAUACACGACACAAAUCAGCUAUCCCUGCAAGUACAGGAGGUUUUAGUAAAAUUGUCGUAGGUAACACCCAUGUUCUAUACAAUCCUAGACGGGGAGAGAUCAAGCUUGGCCAGGUCAGAGUCCUUCUUGAUAGGGUUCAUGCUGUGUCAAAGCUUUGGGAUGAUGCUCCAGUUGUUCUCUGUGGUGAUUUUAACUGUACGCCGAAGAGUCCACUAUACAAUUUUAUAUCAGAGCAAGCGUUAAAUUUGUCUGACCUGCCUAGGGAUAAGGUAUCUGGACAAGCUUCAGCUGAAAUUCGUCCAUCAAGGCCAUUUCCUCACAAUCUCAGGAGUCAGACUAAAAAUGCCCAAACAAUAAACAAUGACAGGGAAAGCAGGCAUCCCGAUAUACCAACUGAUGGUUCUCCUCGUGCUUCUAGUGAUAAUAGGAUUGUCAGGCAGGGUGAGAUUUCCCCCAACAUGCAAAAAAACAAUGAUCUUGAUGGCAACAAUGGAGCUAUACCGAACCAAAGAGACUUGCCUUUUUCUCAUCAUAUAAACUCCGGCUCUUCUGGCUUAAUCAAUGUUGGUGGACACAAUGUUGAGAAAAUAUCUGAUAAUGAUGAAGCUGGCAUCUUCCAUAAUAAAGAAGAUUUGGAUUUCCACACCGAACUUGGCAGUUUAGAUGGAAGUCAGGAUAUGCAUCCUGGAUAUCUCACUAAAAGGGCAAUGCAUCAACCACCAAUUGUGCAUUCCCAAUAUGAAGAUAAACAUUCCAAUAUGCUCAGCACAGAACAAGGGGACCUUAAUAAAGAGUUAGAUGUUUCCUGCAAUGAGCUUCAUCAGUUAAAUUUAUGUGACAUAAAUUAUUCUACUUCAAAUGAAAGUUCAAAGCAUGUGCAAUCUCACUCAGUGACCAAUGGAAAUAAUCAUCUUCCAACCUUACAUGAAAUCAAAAGUCCAAAUUGCUAUACAAGUGAUGGCUGUAUACUGGAUGAAAUGGAGGAUGAUUUAUCUGACAAGGUAACUGAAUCCAUGCAAAAUAGAACACCAGUUGAAGAUUCUCAAGCCUCUAUAUCUGGUCUACAUGGCGACCUUUUCAGUCUGUCUGAGUCGAGCCAAGUUUCUGGAUCCAACUAUUCAGAAUGCGCAGGCUCCACUGACGAUGGUUCAAUAUCUGAAUUCGGUCCGCAUGUUAAAGAUUCUGGCAUGAAGUUCAAUCAAGUUGAUACCGAAAGAGCUGCUUAUGAUCCAUCAGCGUGGACCCCGAUGGAAAUAGAAAUUGCUACUGGAUGUGUAGACUCCAGACUCAUGGAGAGCCCUUUAAAGUUGAGAAGCACAUAUUCUGAAGUUGAGGAUUCUUCGGGAACAAGAGACUCAAAUGGUGAACCUAUGGUGACCAGCUACAAUAGGUGCUUCCAGGGCACAGUUGAUUACAUAUGGCGUUCUGAAGGUCUUCAAACUGUGAGGGUUCUUGCUCCAAUACCAAAACAUGCUAUGCAGUGGACUAAUGGCUUUCCUACCAAGAAAUGGGGAAGCGAUCAUAUUGCCUUGGUUUCUGAGCUGGCUUUUACAAAAGAUAUUGGACGUCCAUAGCAUACUUGCAUAUAGAAUUUCUUUUCUGGAGACCACAUGAAAGCUGUCCCCACCCCUAACAGACACACAUUUUUCCAACUGGUCAUUAGUGCAGGAUAAAUUUCAUUUUUAGCUGUAAAUAUGACCUUGCAAAUUCACAAGAUUUCUCUUGUACCUUUUUAUAUUCCAUUUUUCAUACAACGUCUUAUUCCUAUGAAAAAAGUUUCGUUUUUGUAUACUAACAUUAAGCCUAAUUGUCAUAUUGAUUACUUGUCAGUACUA